AUGCAUCCCUGUACAGAUGCGUCGGACUUUGCUAUGGCUGCCAUACGCACUUUCACAAACGAUGCAAAAUCAGAAAUCGACCAUUUGGUCGACGUUUACAACGACAUUGUGCAACGAUGGACAUUGGAAGACGUUAUGAUUUUAGGCGACUUGAACGCAGGUUGCAAUUAUGUAACCAAGUCUGACUGGGGUAAAAUAAGGCUUGCGACAGACAAGCGAUUCUAUUGGCUAAUUUCUGAUCUGAUGGACAUUACCAAGGGGAAGUCCGAUUGCCCGUAUGACAAGUAUAACAUGAUCAGAGGAAUUUUUCCAGACAGUGCCCAUGUGUUUAAUUACAAAAAAGCUUAUGGAUUGACUCAAGAUGAGAACAAUUUGCCAAAUCAGCUUAGAGAGGUCUGCAUCAGGUUCUCAUCAGAUGAAGGAUUUUAG